AUGCUAAAGAUAUCAUCUAUCCUCAGGAAGCUGUAUCAUUUGUAUUUUGCGAAGAUUGAAUGUUUGACGGAAUCGCAGGUAGGCGUUGGGGCUCUCCUUCAAUCUGGGGGGGACAAUCACAAGGCUCGGUCAGGACGAGCCAUCAACAUCCCUCUGUUGCAGGCAGGAUGGAACAACAGGCAUCAUCAAGCCAUGGAUAGCUCUAAUGAGGGGCAGACGUGCAUACAAAAUGUGUUGGAGGGCAAAUUCUACCAUGAAAAACACCCCAGUGUUACGACCAAAGACUUCUGUAGAGGAUCUCGGGGUGCUGAGAUUGACAAGAAGCUGAAUCAGCCGCUGGUCAAAUCGCUGAUUGAAGGUGAGUACUACUUCACCAAGUACGACCAUGUCGCCAAGAACCGGAAGCACACCAACUUCAUCUCUCAGAACCGAAGGCUCGCUGCCGACUACUCUCAGUUCAUGAUCGAUGCCCGAAGAAGCAUGCACGAGCUGUCUAUGGACCCCUCCAGAACUGCAACUCCUCAGAUCUCAGUUCCCUUGGCAAAGUACUCGAGAUUGCGCAAGUCAACUUCAAGGCAGUCAUACGACUAUGGCUCCCAGUCGUUGCUGUCCUUGAGCAUGUACCCCAAUUCUGGCUCGGAGGUGGGGUCGCAAAGAACGAGCAGGAGAGGAGGGAGCAUACGCCUUGGAAAGAGCGACCACACCGUGACACAUACUAUCGGCAAUACCAGAUCGAUCUCGAGGAGACCUCAAUCUGCUACACAUUUGCGAACUGAAAUAGCAGACUUUUCAUUCGACGAAGGGCAUUCCAAACCUGUAUCGAGGUCCCCCGGACAUGUUCAGCCAUCAAUGUUGCCCCCUCCACCACGAUAUGGUGUGGACAAGAAGAUCUUGGCAGAUGCUACUGCUGUGGCCAGAAGUAGAAUUAACGGGGUUAGACUUGACCCUGAGACAAGGCGAGCGAAAUGA